UAUAUUUAUUAUUUGUGUUCGUUAAAUGUUUACGCAUAAAAAGUCUCCUUCACUUUUAGACACAACAAGAUAAUCUUCAGAGAAAUACAGUAUAUUUACUAGCGAUGUUUCAACAAUAAAAAAACCAUAAAUCAGUCCGAUUAAUUUAAAAAAGAUUAGAACACCUUCAACUUUUGUUAAACCAAUACAAAAAUCGUCUAGGUAACUAUCUUAAUAAAUCUCUUCUGAUUCAAUAAAAGAAAUUAUAUCCAUCAAUUAAUAGAUAAGUUUUUUGCAGCAAAGAAAGUCAGUUUUGCUUUAAUAAUUAGAGAGAACAGAAUAUUCAGAGACUCGAAAAGCAAUUCGUUACAAUAAAGAUUUUAAUAAUAAAUAUUUCGAUAAAUAAAGCAUUACAUAAAUGGAAAAGAAUUGGACACAUUAUUAGGGAUAAAUGGAUUAAUAAUAUAAAUUUAAUGGAAAAGGUGUUUUGUAUUAUAAAAAUGCAAAAGUUUUUGGGGUUUUUAAAGAUGGCAAUUUGGAAGGAAGAGCUACAAUAUUCGAUUAAGAAUAUAAAAUUAGAGUAGCAUAAUAUCAAUAAGGAAUAUUAUAAUAAAUAGAAUAUAAUUGA